CGGCGAGAAAUUCAUCGCUCAUUUUGUUGAGCAAAUCAGUUCUCACAUGUUUCAUUGUUAAAAAGGUUCUCUUCGUAGUAGCUGUUGAAACGAGCAGCAUCAACACUAGAUAAAUCAAUCGACUAAUCAAUUUACAUUGUGUGUCCAUCCCUGCAUACCAACUGCUUUAGUAAAUUUGCAAGGGAACAAACCUCAUAUUUCUUUCAGUCUUUUACGUUUUUUACUUUUUAGAAUUUUAGGUUUCAUUGUUUUUUUAAGACGCAUAAUCUUUGGGGCUAAAAUUUCUAGGUUAAAUUUAGAAUAGUGAUUUGAAUAUGUUCAACUUGAUAAUUUUUCUAGUUAAACCCAAUCUUAUCAUAGAAUAACACUAAAUUGAAUGUCUAAAAUCAAAAAUUUCAUAAGAACUAUAGUAACUACGGAUCCAGAGAGGGCUGGGCCGGGGCCUGGGGUGGCCACCCCCUGGAUCCGCCAGUGGGCGGGGGAGGCUAAAACCAUACCCGUCCCAUACCAUCAAACUUUUUGCGGGUUUUAACCAUACCCGGUCAAAGCGGGAAUUCCUCGUGUUGACUGGGUCGGGAGCGAUCGGAUUCCCGCGGCCAUGGAUUUGAUUGCCAUCCCUACUUCUAGUCUAGGAUUUUGGGUAAUGCUGUCCGCGUCCCACCUGAAAAGUACGCAACUAUUCUCCUCGUCUGUUUUUUUUUUCUAUUUCUAUUUCUAACUUCGACGCGCGCGCAUUCCCUCACAAGUCACAAGUCACAACACCGGGAAGUGGAACCCAGCCAACCAAAGGAUUGCAGAAGAUGGGUUCUGUGCAGUUUUCUCGGAGCUCCAUUUUGAUUCUCUGGGUUAUCUUUAUCGCCUUCCCCUGCUUCGUAUCCGCUACUACAGUGUCUCUAGUUGUUGGGGAGAGGUCUAGACUCGAGGUUUCUCCUAGCUUGCCUGUGGUGAACUCCCCAGGGACUAAGCCUGGCACUAGGUUGCUCUGUGAAAGAGUUCAUGUCCAUGGGCUAUCCAGGCUGAAGAACUUAAAGAAGUUUUCCCACUCAUUAAAGGUGAACCUAACGCAUUCUAGUUCAACUCUCCGUGGGCCGAGUGUUGAAGUCUGUUUCCACAGAAAUGCAUCUCGUGGGAUUGGGAUGUGCCCUCAAGGAAGGUGGGAAAAGGUUGUGAAGGGUUCCUGGGGUCGUGCAAUGUCACCUUUUGAUCAUAAGCUCUUGGAUAUAAGGAUGGCUGGUUCAUCUCCUGAAAGCGUCGAAGUUCAUAUUGAAGAAGAAUUUUUCAUGUACCGGAUAGUGUUUCUAGUUGUUGGGGUCGUUCUGUUGAGUGUGGCAUCCCCUCUGAGCAUGUCAUUGGCUUUUUACUACAGCAGUGCGAUGGCAGUUGGCAUCAUCCUUGUGAUAUUGGUGGUACUUUUUCAGGGGAUGAAACUGCUGCCAACUGGGCGGAGAAACUCACUUGCAAUCGUCAUAUACUCAUCUUUGGUUGGUUUGGGUUCUUUUCUCCUGCAAUACUUGCCAGGCUUACUGCACACCCUCCUCCUGGAGAUGGGAAUCAGUGAAGACAUGUAUUUUCCUCUGGCAAUUUUUAUGGUGGCUUUUAUUGUUCUUGCUGGAGCUUGGAUGGGAUUCUGGGCUGUCCGCAAACUUGUCUUGGCAGAAGAUGGAUCAGUUGACACAAGCACUUCCCAUUUUGUCGCCUGGUCUAUUAGGAUUAUAGCCGCUAUUAUGAUUCUUCAGAGCUCAUUGGAUCCCCUGCUGGCAACAGGAGCAUUAUUAUCAGGGAUAAUUGCUUCGUCUGUAUUAAGGCGAACUUUUCAACUCAAAUUUUGGAGGCGGCUUUACAAGAGGUUGUUCAAGAUGGUUAACAGUAUGAGCUUGGAGUCUGCGGUUCCUGAUAUAUCUCCAUUUCGAAAUUCACAAGACAAUUAUACAUACAAGAAGACGUCUGAAGAUUGUACGCCUCUUUGGCCUUGGACAAAAAGGUUUCGUCGGGGAUCUCCCAGUAGUGCUCCAAUUCAAGGUUUUGGUUAUAAAACUACCCCACAAGAACAUCAACUAUCGGAUUCAGACGUGUUCCUUUCUACCUACUGCACUCCGGAGGGGAAAAAAUUCUCAAAGGAAGAGUGGAAAAAGUUCACAGAGGAGUCGACGCAGAAGGCCGUGAAAGACCUCGUGGCUUCUCCUGAUUUCAGCAGAUGGGUUGCUUCUAAUGCGGACCGAAUCUCUGUAACUCCGAAGACCCGACGGGAUGAAUCCCUGCCCCGGCGCAAGUGGCUCUACUUCUUCUGAUUUGUAAACAUGUAUACCCCCGUCUUUCUUUGCAUGGCGGGCACGGGCUUAUACCAUGUGAAAUUACUGAGGGAUUUUGUUGGACGGUGAACUCGCCAACUCUUAUCGACUCCUGUAGAUUUUAACCCAGCAGCAGCAGCAGCAGUAUGCAGGUAGGUGGUGUAGUGAAUGCAGUUUUAGUUGUAGGCUUCCCUUCAAGAUGUUGUAUUUGUUUGUAGGUCGUAUCUGACGUGUUAAGUCGUAGAAUAGUUUUUGUCCAAAUCGGAUUGUAGCUUGAACGAGGGUGAAGAAUGAAUUCAAGCAUCAUAGUUACUGAUGCAGGACGCAGAUUUUUUUUUUUUUUUUUUGUUUACAGUGUGUUGCCUGUUGCUGUCUUAAUAAUAAUAAUAAUAAUAAUUUGUAUCAUUAAAUUAAGCAUAAGCUAGAAUAAUAAAUAAAUUAGAUUAGGAAAGGAAAAGCAGAAGAAACCAGAUUAAUGGUUGGAAGAGAACAAGAAUAAUAAGUGACUGCUUUAUUGUACUUGAGCAAUAGAGAAGGAAAUGUCGAGUCAAAAGAAAAAGUAGAUGACGUU